GCAAAUCUGUCAAAAUACACAAAACUUUAGAGCAAGCCUCGUCUAGUGUAGUGAAUUAACGUAUUUUUGUUAGCGCGUUUUAAAGCGAAUACACUUAUUCCAAUUACACACUACUAGGAUAUCAUAUCAUUGUCAGCUUAACUCGGUAUAACUGUUUAUAUAAAUCUUUGCAUAGGUAGAUUUUGCUCGAUCUCGGAUCAAACUCUGUUUACGCAGCUGAUUGGUCGAGAUCACUUCGCUGUCAUAGUUACAGAUCAUUUUGGAGAUGGCAGAUCCCGAGCCUGGAGAUCGUCUACACAAAACUCUGAACUUUAACGUGGGCGUGUUGGGACAUGUGGACAGCGGAAAGACGUCUCUGGCUCGAGUUCUGAGCAGCACCGCGUCCACAGCCGCCUUCGACAAGAACCCACAGUCAAAAGAGCGCGGCAUUACACUGGACCUGGGUUUCAGCGCCUUCACUGUUCUCAUGCCAGAGCACAUGAAGCUGAUCUGUGGGGAAUACGACAGCCUGCAGUUCACACUGGUGGACUGUCCAGGACAUGCGUCUCUCAUUCGCACCAUCAUUGGCGGUGCUCAGAUCAUUGACCUGAUGAUGUUAGUGGUUGAUGUUGUGAAAGGAAUGCAGACGCAAACAGCAGAGUGUCUCCUGAUCGGUCAGCUCACCUGUUCACACAUGAUCGUCAUCCUCAAUAAAACAGAUCUGUUACCCAGUGACAAGAGACAGAUCGCCAUUGAGAAGAUGACCAAGAGGAUGCAGAAAACUUUGGAAAACACUAGAUUUAGGGGUUGUCCUAUCAUUGCUGUGGCAGCAAAGCCAGGGGGACCCGAGGCUCCAGAAACAGCUGAAGCACAGGGAAUCACUGAGCUCAUAGAGCUGCUAAAAUCCCAGGCAUUUUUACCUAAGAGAGACCCAACUGGUUCUCUGCUAAUGGCAGUGGAUCACUGUUUCUCCAUCCGUGGCCAGGGAACAGUCAUUACAGGGACCAUCCUGCAGGGGGCACUGCGUGUCAAUGAUACACUAGAGAUACCUGCACUUAAGGUAACUCGUAAGGUGAAGUCAAUCCAGAUGUUCCGUAAGCCAGUUCCUAGUGCGAUUCAAGGAGACCGGGUUGGCGUGUGUGUCACGCAGUUUGACCCAAAGCUGCUGGAGAGAGGGGUGGUGUGUUCCCCUGGUUCACUGCAUACCAUUCAUGCUGCCAUUAUUUCUGUACGGAAGAUCGAGUACUACCGUGGUGCACUUAGUAGCCGUACAAAAUUCCACAUCACCAUUGGACAUGAAACGGUCAUGUCACGUGUGUCAUUCUUCAGCCGGGCUUCUGUAAGUGCUGACUCAGGAGAAGUGUUUCCCGCAGAGCAGAGUGCACAGGAUUUCUCUUUUGACUGGGAGUUUUGCCACCAGGAGGAAUAUUUGACUGGCCAGGGAGAAGCUAAGGGACGGGAUCCAGCACAAUGGGCAUUGUUAGAGUUUGAACGGCCUGUCACGUGUCCACCACUCAGUUUGGUGAUUGGCUCCCGGUUGGACUCUGACAUCCACAGUAACACAUGCAGACUUGCUUUUCAUGGAAAGCUGUUGGACGGCUUCGAGGAUAAAAGCUAUGUGGACAGCGUGUUGCCCAGGCUCAAAAUCAGUAAAAACAAGCACAAAGAAGGAGCAGUGGAACGGGUGACAGACGACUACACUGUGAUUGGUAAAAACCUGUUCAAGAAAGAGACCAACCUUCAGCUGUUUGUGGGUUUAAAGGUCACACUUUCAUCAGGAGAGACAGGGGUCAUUGAAGGCAGCUUUGGACAAAGUGGCAAAAUCAAAAUUAGAAUUCCAGAGGGACUGAAAGAAGAAACAAAGCAACUCCUCUCUUCUUCAUCCAAGAAAAAAGGAAAGGGCGGGUCUAAAAACGAUCCACCUAAAGAGGAGGACGUCAAAGUGGAUUCUGUAACCAUUCAUCUGAAUUUUAAGAGAUAUGUAUAUGACCCCCAGAAAAAGAUGGUUCAGUCUUAAUUUUUACAGCACUCAUUGUUAUGGUAGAGACUCAGGGUAAUUAUCUGAGAAGUGUGUGUAUGUACUGAAAGUAACUAGUAGACUUUCUCACACUUGCUGAAGUUUCCUUGCAAUAAAUUGAUGAACACUGGAGAAAAUAUUAAA